GCAGUGCAAUCGAACUUGGGAGGAGACGUCGUAGGCGCCAUGGGCUUGGGCAUCGGGGCCGUCUUCUGAGCCGCUUCGGGCCUAGGUGAGCGCAGCCGAGGGGAGCAGUCGCGAGGGCCGAGUGCCCCCCGAGACGUGUGUGCCGCCCCCGGUCGGCCCGCCGAGCGCGGGGGUUGUGUGCUGGUGUCUGUGGCGCGCGGUGUGCGCUGCCAUGUUCGUGACGCAAUGGCAGGCAGCAGAGGCAGCGGCAGCAGUAUUGUGGGCCUCGGGUCGGGCAAUUAGCGGUGCCGCUGACUAGAUGCCCGCCGCCGCUGCGAUCUGACAACCGACCGACCGACCGACGCGACGCCGCCGCCGGACACUCUCUCCGCGGGACACCAUGUUCUCCGGAAUCGUCAAACUGAAGAUCUGCGAGGCCAGCGGCCUGCGGCCCACCGACUUCCAGAAGCGGCACCGGGCCAACAUGGCCUUCGGCAAGCCCGAGGACCAGCCGAUCGAUCCGUACGUCAUGGUGGACGUCGACGAGAACCACCUGGACAGGUCCACCACCAAGCCCAAGACCUUCGACCCCGUGUGGAACGAGAACUUCACCACCGAGGUGACCAACGCCGUCAACCUGGGGCUCACCGUCUUCCACGACGCGGCCAUCCCCCCGGACGACUUCGUAGCCAACUGCACCAUACCUUUCGAGGAGCUCGCCCACCGAGACCACAACGACAUUUGGGUCGAUCUUGAACCUCAGGGGAAAAUUCACGUCAAAGUUGACUUGAAAUGGACAACGCAAGACCACACGAUGGAGAAGCCACGGGAGUUCAAGGAGAGACAGGGUUUCAACAGAAGACGGGGUGCAAUGAGGAGGAGAGUGCAUCAAAUCAACGGUCACAAAUUCAUGGCAACUUUCUUGAGACAGCCCACAUUCUGUUCGCACUGCAGAAACUUUAUUUGGGGUUUGGGUAAACAAGGAUAUCAGUGUCAAGUGUGCACUUGUGUUGUUCACAAAAGAUGUCACGACCAGGUAGUUACAAAAUGUCCAGGACUUAAAGAUGUUGCACAAGAGGAACCAAGAGAAAAUUUGCAGGGCCAGGCCCAGAGGUUUAACGUUAACGUCCCACACAGGUUUGUUGUGCACAACUAUAAGCGCUUUACAUUCUGUGAUCACUGCGGUUCACUCUUGUAUGGCCUUAUUAAGCAAGGACUCCAGUGCGAAGUGUGUAAUAUGAAUGUCCAUAAACGCUGUCAAAAGAAUGUAGCCAACAACUGCGGCAUCGACACGAAACAAAUGGCGGAGAUUCUCAGCGCCAUGGGAAUAUCUACUCACAAAUUGACACCCAGGAGAACAAAAAAGUGCCCUCCGCAGACGCCAAUCAGUGGUUCUUCGAAUGCCCCAAUCUCAGACAGACAUUCAUCCCAACUAAAUGUGCCUGCCGAAGAGGAAGCAGCAGCGUCCGCCACGGGCUCUCAGCAGGACGACGAGGUGCACAUGAGACUAGUCGCCCAGAAGGUGAUGGAGGAGAAGAUCAGGGAAAACUUAAAAGGGGACGCCGAAGUUCCAGACAUUGACUAUGACGUGCAGACUGAGAGGACCGGGAAGGACAAGAAGCUAGGCCUGGACAACUUCAACUUCGUCAAAGUGCUCGGCAAAGGAAGCUUUGGAAAAGUAAUGCUGGCGGAGAUGAAAGGGACUGAAGAAGUGUAUGCUGUGAAGGUGCUGAAAAAGGACGUCAUCAUUCAGGACGACGACGUGGACUGCACAAUGACCGAGAAGAGAAUUCUGUCGUUGGCCGCCAAGCAUCCUUUCCUCACCGCCCUCCACUCCAGUUUCCAAACCAAGGACCGGUUAUUCUUUGUGAUGGAGUACGUGAACGGCGGUGAUCUGAUGUUCCAAAUCCAACGAGCCAGGAAGUUCGACGAGCCUCGAGCCAGGUUUUACGCAGCCGAGGUCACGUUGGCGCUGCAGUUUUUGCACAAGCACGGAGUAGUGUACAGAGACUUAAAACUGGACAACAUUUUACUCGACAGUGACGGUCACUGUAAGCUAGCUGAUUUUGGAAUGUGCAAGGAAGGCAUCAUGAACGGUGUCACCACGACGACCUUCUGCGGCACUCCAGACUACAUUGCCCCUGAGAUUUUGCAAGAACAAGACUAUGGUGCUAGUGUGGACUGGUGGGCGUUAGGAGUGUUGAUGUACGAAAUGAUGGCCGGCCAGCCACCGUUCGAGGCCGACAAUGAAGAUGACUUGUUCGAGUCGAUAUUGCACGAUGACGUUUUGUACCCUGUGUGGCUGAGCAAAGAUGCCGUGUCAAUCCUGAAAGGGUUUAUGACGAAGAACCCUGCAAAGCGGUUAGGGUGUGUAGUCUCUCAAAACGAAGAAGCAGCAAUUAGGAUUCAUCCGUUUUUCAAAGAAAUCGAUUGGGUUGCAUUAGAAGCGAGAAAAGUCAAGCCUCCCUUCAAGCCUAAGAUUAAGAGCAAGAAAGAUGCACUCAACUUUGACUCCGAGUUCACCAAGGAAGAGCCGGUGUUGACUCCGAUCCACAUGGACGUGGUGCGCGCCAUCAACCAGGACGAAUUCAAAGGCUUCUCCUUCGUCAACCCCGACUUCAAUCCUAUGCGUUACCACGCAGACAAGUAACCACUAAUUGCCUAGUCAAGAGAAUAUCAGUCACCUGAUCCUGCUGAUCUUCUUUUCUCCUCCCAUCGCGUAAAAAAUACAUUUUCGGACCUUUUCGUGCUGCCGCAUUUGUUUUCCAUCUCUCAGAGGUGCACACGCAGAUUCCUACUCUCUCUAUCUCUCGUCAGUUGCUGAGGCUUCGUACUUCCCAAGACCAGGAUUUGUAGAUGUACAACGAAUCUCAGAAUCGCGUUUUCAGUUAGCAAACAGUCGAGAGUCUUUGAUAGAAAAUUACGGCCCUCGCAGGAAUAUUACUAUUAUUAUACACACAUCGUUGAAUCUCUUUUUGAUUUGUUUACACGCACACACACAAAGUGUUGAAAAACCAUUCGGUUGGUAUUCAUAUUUUACUCUGUUAGAAAUCGGUGAAAAAAAGGAAUAAUGUGUGAUGUCUGAUCAAUUGGGUGCUAAGGGAGGCCCUCUGAAGAAUUCUCUUUUAUCACUUUGACGUGAUUAUUGUCGCCACACACGCAUUUUUAAUUUAUUGUCAUUAUUGUUAAUUAUUUAUUUUACGCGUACGCAUCACAAUUAGUUGUAAGAAGCAGCAGCAGUGGAUGCUGGGGAAAAACGUAGCAGUAUUUACCUUGUUCGAGCGCCCAAAAGUCGGUUCAGCUGAACGAGUGCAGUCAAGCAAGCAAAGUCAAAAACCGAUGUGUGGCUGUCGGCAGACGGCUCUUUGGUGGCAAUUGUUGGUUGGUCUAACUGCCGUCCUUGUUCCACUGGGCCACUCUCAUCACACUCAUUCCUAGUCAAAGAAAGCUGCCGAGCAGGGCGGAUAACAAAGAAAAUUACGAGAAAGAAAGAAAGAUAAGAAAUAAAGAGACCAUCUGUCCGUCCUCGACAGUCACACAGCCGUGCCUGCACAGCUAUUCGUGAUUUGAUAUUAUUCAAAAACACAAAACAUGUAAGCGGAAAAAAUCACACAAACUGAGCACCAUACUAAAAUUCGCAUUUAGCAGCCAAGAGAACAAAACGUAGUUGUUGUGAAUGUAGGGCAGAUGAUGAUGAUGAUGAUGAAACGUUUCAUUCGAUUUUAAUUGUUAUGUUUGUGACGGACAGUACUUAUUACACCCACACACGAGCUGUUGACGGAACUUUGGUUUGUAAAGAAAGGUAUACAAAAAAUCCUGCCCCCCAACGGGCACGGCUGACAGGAGAACCCUGUGUAUGUUCCGCUUCAACUUGUAGUUUUUUCUUAAAAAUGUUCAAUAUAGCGUUUUUAGAGUUUCAAUACUGACUCUUUUUGGAAAGGAAAAAGUCAUUUUAAAAAUCAAAUAAUGUUGUCUAGUCGUGAUGGUUUAUAGUAUAACUGAUUCCCCUUGAUGAGACGAAUCGACAAUUUUCUCAAAAUUCGUCCAUUUGUUACAUGGCUCAUGCCGAAUGGAUAUAAUCCUUGAGAAACCACUUAACUUUUCGAAAAAUUUGGCAGAUUCUGAAAUUUAGCGGUCUAAAAUACAUUGUUGAGAUUUUUACUCAAACUAACAAUUUUGAUGAACGUCUAAUAUGAUUUUAAAAUUUUAUAGAUCGCUAAAACAUGUCUUAACUGCUCAGAAUAUCAAAAAUAUCUGUUGAUUCGUCUGGUUUAAGAGAGUCUGCAUGCCAAAUUCCAAAAUGAUUGGAUAAAAAUUAACACAGUUUUAUGAUGCUGAAUUGAAAAAUUUAUUUUAAGGCAAAAAUUUACAAACUGACGUGGAACAAACGCAGGGUUCCCUAAUGAAUCAUUAUUAUUUAAUGUUAAUUUUUAUACACGAGUCUAACUUAAUUGUUGUAUUUUGUUGGUUGUGCUUCUGUUGCGCCACUCCAAGUGGACCAUAGUUUAUUCGAAUACACACACGUACACGUACACACCACAUCAGCCGCAUAUGAAUUAAAAAAAAGAGAAAUAGCAUAUAAUAGGCCGAUUUAAAACAUAGCGACGAUGCAAACCCCCUCCCACUUGUGCGAGAGAGCAAAAAGCAGUUGUUAAUAUUGUCAGUGUUGAUCCUCCUCACAGCUUUUUGCCACCCACCGACAAAAAUUUUGUACUUAAAAUUCAUUAUUAAUUCUUAUCAUUUGAACACCCCCGGCAGCCGCUCUCGGGGCCGCCUUUCAUGGCUGGCUACCUUUCAACCUUGUUUCCGCAAGAUUCAAAGGUUUUGCCAGGGCCCAGUCGUCGUCGUUGGCAUUGGUCCCUGGUCUUAUCUAAGGGGCCCCGCGACCGGCUUCUCGUUCGCACACACACACACACACUCACACUCACUCCAAGCGCGCGAUAAACGAAAUUUGCAAAUUAUAUGAAAAAAAAAUACACCGGAAGCGCGCGCAUUAGAACAAAAACUAGCACAAAUUUGAGUAUGCACAUUGCUUGAGAAGGCUGUUCUAGAUGAAUUUAAAGAAAAAAAAUGAAGUAUUUGAGAAACACACUAAUUAAACACACAGAUCUUGUGGAAUAUGGAGAAAAUGAUUAUUAUACACUAGCUAAUGACGUAUUCACGCAAGCAUUAAUUAUAAAUAAAAAUAAAUAAUUGAACAAUGUGUGAUGCAUGUGCAUUUAACUAACCACAAGUGCGGAUGGGUAAUAAAAACUCUUCUUCGAUGUAUUGAGCCGAGAACGAGUGUGCAAACCUGGUGCGUGGCCGAUCAAUUUGCAAGUGUGGGCAUGUGGACCUUUCUUAUUAACCUGUAAGUGUGAAAAAUCUAAAAUCACAAAAAAAGAAACAAACACAAAAAUGCUUUUCACCUUCACGACGAGCGCACGUGCGGAAGAGAAUUUAUCGAAAAAGGCUAUUACAGUGGUUAUUAUUACAUUCACACAUACACACACACACACAAACACACACGAAACAACACACACACACUAUUAAUUAUUAUUACCAAUAUUAUUGAGAUAACUAAUUAAAUAUAAAAUACAUGCUAUGUCAAACUAUGCAUUAUUGAAUUACAUUAGGACAUAAUGGAAGACAAAGAAGUUUUAGCUGCAGUGAUCCCUUCCAGAGCUUGUUGUGAGAUUAUGAAAGUACUAAGGAAAUAAAAUUCGGUGUGUUUUAAUGUCUUGCUAUAGCGAAAAAAUAUAAAAUUAAAAAGGUCGAAGCUGCGAAACAACUUCGUUAUAAUCAAGGGAAACACUCGUAAAUUAUUUGUUGCAUUUAUAUAGGGAAAGGCUACGUGCGCCCCUCAUUUUUUGAUUGUGGGAUAUUUGAAAAUGUGUACUUCUCCGAUUGAACACACACACACAAACACACACACACACAAACGCAUAUAUAUAUAAUAUAUAUUUGCUGUUAUCUUAUUAUUUACACAAGUUGCAUCACGCGCGCAUAAACAAAACCGUAUUUGUUGAAUUGUGAAAUAAUGUUCUUUGUAUUUUGCCAUCACUGUAGUGUAUUUUAUUUGAACGCAGACAGUGCCAAAUGUGGUCCGAUUUUUCAUCAAAAGCGGUAUUUUCGAAACAAUUGAGUAUUAUGCAAAAGUAUUAUUACUUGUUAGCUCAUUUUUAUUAUUUAUUUUGCCUGUAACUUGUGUUACUCGUUCUUGUCAAGUGUACAACUUCCUGUUGCAGUGAACUGAAGGAUGAUUUUAGAAUUGAAUACUAAUUUAAUGAUUUUUCAUUUUACCAUCUCUGAUUGUGAAAUAAAUAAACUGAAAAUUGAA